AUGCGUUCUUUUAUUUUUCCUGUGCUUGCUACGGCUGCUUUAUCGCAAGCUUCAGCCAUUCCGUCCGAAUUACUUUCUUCGAAGCGUGCCGUGGGAAACUGGGACGAUGCCCAUGCGAAAGCGACGGCUGCUCUUGCAAAACUAUCGCAGAACGAGAAGAUUGGCAUCGUUACGGGUGUGGGUUGGCAGAACGGUAACUGCGUUGGCAACACCAAACCGGCUGCUUCGAUUGGAUAUCCGUCGCUUUGUCUGCAAGAUGGACCCCUCGGUGUUCGCUACGUCCAAGGUGUAACUGCAUUCAGCGCAGCUAUCCAUGCCGCCAGCACCUGGGACAUCGAUCUCAUUCGUGAACGCGGCGCCUUCCUUGGUGCUGAAGCAAAAGAGCUGGGCGUCCACGUCCAGCUCGGACCUUCAGCUGGACCUCUCGGCAAGUUUGCCAACGGUGGCCGAAACUGGGAAGGAUUCGGUUCCGAUCCCUACCUUCAAGGCAUUAUGAUGGCAGAGACCAUUGAGGGUAUGCAAGAAUCCGGUGUCCAGGCGACAGCUAAGCACUGGAUUGUCAAUGAACAAGAGCUCAACCGAGAGACUAUGAGCUCAGAUGUGUCGGACCGAGUGCUUCGCGAACUCUAUGUUUGGCCAUUCAUGGAUGCUGUCCACAGCAAUGUUGCGGCCUUUAUGUGCAGUUACAACAAGGUUAAUGGAACUUGGGCCUGCGAGAGCGACGGCGUGAUGAACAAGCUCUUGAAAGACGAACUUGGUCACCGUGGGUACAUCAUGAGUGACUGGAAUGCCCAACACACGACGACUGGUAGUGCGAACGGCGGAAUGGACAUGACCAUGCCCGGCACCGACUUCAGUGGGGGCAACGUCUUCUGGGGCCCACAGCUCCAGUCCGCUAUCGACAAGAAACAGGUCCAACAGAGUCGCCUUGAUGACAUGGUCAAACGCGUACUCGCCUCAUGGUACCUCGUUGGUCAGGACAAGGGCUAUCCCAAUGCCACCUUCAGCUCCUGGAACAUUGGCACUCGUGAGGUCGGUGGCAACCACAAGACUAACGUCCGUGCUACGGCUCGCGAUGGUAUCGUCUUGUUGAAGAACACGAACGCUACAUUGCCCUUCAAGAAGCCCAAGAGCAUCGCUGUCAUCGGAAGCGACAGCAUCGUUGCGCCCAAGGGAGCUAACGCAUGCGUUGAUCGCGGAUGCAACGAUGGCACGCUAGCUAUGGGUUGGGGCUCUGGAUCAGUGGAGUUCCCCUACCUCAUCGCUCCUCUCGAUGCCAUGAAGACACAAGCUCAGAAAGACGGCACGACCAUCACCUCUUCACCAAACGACAAUGCGCAGCAGGGGGCUAGUGCAGCUCAAAAUGCUGAUGUAGCUGUCGUGUGCAUCAAUAGCGAUAGUGGCGAGGGCUACAUCACCGUUGAGGGCAACGCUGGCGACCGAACUAACCUGGACCCGUGGCACAACGGAAACGAGUUGGUCAAGGCAGUUGCUGCCGUCAACAAGAAGACCGUUGUCGUGGUCCACAGCGUCGGCCCCGUCAUCAUGGAACAAUGGAUCGACAACCCGAAUGUAGUAGCUGUUGUAUGGGCAGGCCUGCCAGGUCAGGAAUCCGGAAACGGCCUCGUCGACAUCCUCUAUGGCGCUGCCUCGCCAAGCGGCAAGCUCCCCUACACCAUUGCAAAGAAGGAAUCAGACUACGGUACCACCAUUGCUAGGGGUGACGACAAGAACUGGGACCUCUUUAUCGACUACCGUCGUUUUGACCAGCAGAACAUCACACCCAGAUUCGAGUUUGGCUUCGGUCUCUCUUACACCAACUUCACCUACUCCGACCUCAGCGUCUCAGGCAAGCCCUCGGCUGGUCCCGCAACCGGUGCCAAGGGUCCCGGAGGCCCUGUCGAUCUCUUCCAGACGGUCGCAACCAUCACAGCCAAGAUCAGCAACUCCGGUGGUGUUGCAGGUGCAGAAGUUCCACAAUUGUAUCUCGGCUACCCUGCGUCGACCAACUCGCCUCCCAAGCAAUUGAGGGGUUUUGCGAAGCUCAAGCUGGCAGCUGGUGCAAGCGGAACUGCUACUUUCAAGCUGAGGAGAAGGGAUAUGAGCUUCUGGGACGAGAAGACCAGGAAGUGGAGCGUUGCGACUGGAGAGUACCAGAUCUUCGUAGGAUCAAGUUCCAGAGAUGUGAGGCUGACAGGCAAGAUCACUCUGCCACCAAACGAAUCACUAUCUCUCCUCACAUCUCCGCUCAUCAUGUUGUCGCAAAUGAUCAAGCCUUCCACCAUGCGGUCCGCAGGGUUCCUGGGACGAAUGACAAAGACCCGCGUACAGGCACGCUGCCUCGCUACUGUGGAAGGAAACACACAACGUGCCAUUCCUACUCCCAGCAUGCGCAGGGCCACAGCUGUCUCCAACGAGCCCGCGACCUUCACCAUCAAGAACGGCCCCAUCUUCGAAGGCAAGUCCUUCGGAGCCAAGACGAACAUUUCCGGUGAAGCCGUCUUCACAACCUCUCUCGUCGGCUACCCCGAGUCCAUGACCGACCCCUCCUACCGUGGCCAGAUCCUCGUCUUCACACAACCGCUGAUCGGCAACUACGGCGUCCCCUCCAACGCUCGCGACGAGCACGGCUUGCUCCGAUACUUCGAAUCCCCACACAUCCAAGCCUCUGGCAUUGUCGUCCAGGACUAUGCUCUGAAGCACAGCCACUGGACUGCUGUAGAAUCGCUUGCACAAUGGUGUGCCCGAGAGGGUGUCCCCGCCAUCUCCGGCGUUGACACUCGUGAGGUUGUAACAUACCUCCGUGAGCAGGGUUCUUCUCUUGCUCGUAUCUCCAUCGGCGAAGAGUACGAUGCCGAUGAGGAUGAGGCGUACAUUGACCCUGAGGCUAUCAACCUCGUGCGUCGUGUAUCGACCAAGGCUCCCUUCCAUGUCAGCUCUUCCUUGGGCGACAUGCACGUAGCUCUGAUCGACUGUGGUGUCAAGGAGAACAUCCUUCGCAGUCUCGUCUCCCGCGGUGCCAGCGUCACCUGCUUCCCCUUUGACUACCCCAUCCACAAGGUCGCCCACCACUUCGACGGUGUCUUCAUCUCCAAUGGCCCUGGUGACCCAACUCACUGCACCACCACCGUCCACAACCUCCGCAAGCUGUUCGAGACGUCCCAAAUCCCCGUCAUGGGCAUCUGCAUGGGUCACCAGCUCAUCGCCCUUGCUGCCGGUGCAAAGACCAUCAAGCUCAAGUACGGUAACCGUGCUCACAACAUCCCGGCUCUCGACCUCACCACUGGCAAGUGCCACAUCACUUCGCAGAACCACGGAUACGCAGUCGACCCAACUACCUUGUCCAGUGAAUGGAGGGAGUACUUCACCAACCUCAACGACCAGUCCAACGAGGGUCUGAUCCACAACUCGCGUCCCAUCUUCAGUGCCCAGUUCCAUCCCGAAGCCAAGGGCGGCCCUCUUGACUCUGCCUACCUCUUCGACAAGUACAUGGAGAACGUGCAGCAGUACAAGAACCACCAGUCCAACUUCUCUGAGAAGAGCAACAAGCCCAGCCCUCUUCUUGUAGACUUGCUGAGCAAGGAGCGCGUUGGUUGCCACCCCGAUGCGCCAGACUUUGAAGGUCACGCAGCGGGUAUGGACAGCCAGGAGAUUACGGUGGGCGGACCCGUCGCCCCUUCUUACCAGCCUAUUACACAGAAGCCUGUUGCGUCCGCUGCUUAG